AUGCCUCUGACAUUGACAAGUGGGAACUUAGAGAAGACGUUCGAUGUGCAACAAGUACUGGAAGCUCCGUCUUCAUCCAGAGUGUCCGCGAAGUUCUCUGCACAAAUUCCAAAGAGCGCUUCUGACCCAUCAGUCCUGCAAGGACAAAAUCUGAUGCUCGAAUCCUGCACGAGCGACAGCCGACACUUUGUUCGCGCCAUAUUCCGGCCAACCAUGGCCAACAACUUCAUCGCGCACAAGAUUGUACGCCGACUUGGCCUUACAGUGUACAAAACCUCAACGUCCACAGUAGAGACUGCCUCGAGUCGCAUCCACCUGCCGUCCACACACGAAUAUGUCGAGCUCGCUUGUCACUCGCAGGAAGGGAAAGACGCCUUUGUCGUGUAUCGAUUCUUCGUUGUCAAGCAAGGCCGGUUUGAUCUCCUCUUCGGUACUGGCUCGGUCCUGCGCUGA